UUAUCGACCAACCACCACAGUCGCAAUAGUCGAAAAAGAAGCGUGCAAGCAAACGGUGUGUUUUUUCUGCUCCAACUUUUGUUUUCAAGUGAAAUUCAUUAAAACAGCAAAAGAUACGAAAUGGAUGAUGGAGAUUAUGAUAACGACGAUGUUGGCGCCGACGAUUUCGAUGAUGCUGACGACGACGUCGACGAUGACAUCGCCCAGGAGGAGGAAGUGGACAACAUUGAAAUCAUAGCACCCGGCACCGCUGGUGGCGGUGGCGUGCCCAAGUCCAAGCGCAUCACUACCAAGUACAUGACUAAAUAUGAGCGUGCGCGCGUCUUGGGAACAAGAGCGCUACAAAUUGCCAUGUGUGCGCCAAUUAUGGUUGAAUUGGAUGGUGAAACAGAUCCUCUACAGAUUGCAAUGAAGGAAUUGAAGCAGAAGAAGAUACCCAUCAUUAUACGACGCUAUCUGCCCGAUCAUUCAUACGAAGACUGGAGCAUAGACGAGCUGAUCAUGGUGGAUAAUUAAGUCAGAUUUAGGAAACAGAAAUAGCUAUUAGACAUUUAAUUACUUCAUUUGCAAAUACAAUUAAGAUAAGCUCGCAAGACCACAAAA